AUGUAUUUCAAGAACUAUGCUGCGGCAUUGACUGCAGUGCUUCCUAUCGUCGCUGCACAGACCUAUUCCGACUGCAACCCUACCAAGAAAUCUUGCUCCCCCGAUAAUGGCCAGAAGGAGUACACUUUCAGCACCGACUUCACCAAGGACACUUCUCUCAACGGUUGGGAGACUGCUGCUGGCAACGUGACUUUCGACGACAAUGGUGCUGCCUUUACUAUUAACCAGAAGGGUGAUGCACCUACCAUUGACACCAAGGACUACUUCUUCUUUGGCCGUGUCGAGGUUGAGAUGAAGGCUGCUCCUGGUACCGGUGUCGUCAGCAGUAUCGUCAUGGAGUCGGACGACCUCGAUGAGAUUGACUGGGAGGCCGUUGGUGGCUACACGGACAGAAUCGAAACCAACUACUUCGGCAAGGGUGACACCACUACCUACGAUCGCGAGACCUGGGUCAACCUGGACACUCCCCAGGAGACCUUCCACACCUACACUGUCGACUGGACCAAGGAUUCCAUCACCUGGCUCAUUGACGGCAACUCGGUUCGCACUGUCAAGUACGCCGAGGCCAAGGACGGCUCGCGUUACCCCCAGACUCCCAUGAAGCUGCGUCUCGGUAUCUGGGCCGGUGGUGACCCCGACAACGGCCAGGGAACGAUCGAGUGGGCUGGCGGCGAGACCGACUACACCCAGGCUCCCUUCUCGAUGUACGUGAAGUCGGUCACUGUCACCAACUACAAUCCCGCCGACACCUACGAGUGGUCCGACACCAGCGGCUCGUACCAGAGCAUCAAGGCCUCCAACGGCACCAGCUCCGACAGCAGCUCUUCGUCCACCUCCAGCGACUCCUCGUCGACCACCACCGGCGGUUCGUCCACCAGCACUGCCACCGGUGCGUCCACCACUUCGGACUCGUCCAGCGCCGCCACCUCGACCUCCGACUCCACCUCUGGCGCCGGUGCUGGCUCCGGCUCCAGCACUAGCACCGGUUCUGGCUCGGGAUCGGACUCUGCUUCCGCUUCGGGCUCUGGCGCGAGUGCAAGCCCCACUACUUUUGACGGUGCUGCCAGCGCUGUGUCCAACUCGUUCGUGGCUCCGGCUCUGAUGCUGGCUCUGUUCGCGGCUAUGUUCCAGCUGUAA